UCAAGUCGUCGUCUUUUCGUGACAAUGAAAUGUGUUAUUGUCGUGUUUAUCGAAGAUAGUCUGAACAAAUUAAUUUAUGUUGAUUUUAUUUAAAAUAUUGCAAAAGAAGAAAAACGAUAUGGGUAUAUUUUUUGCUAAGAAAAAACCACAAAGUCGUGUUACCGAACAGGACAAGGCUAUCUUGCAAUUGAAACAAACCAGAGAUAAAAUUAAACAGUAUCAGCGUAGAAUUGAACAAAAUCUUGAGAAGGAACGACUAUUAGCAAAAAAACUUAUACAUAAUGGACAGAAAAAUCGAGCCCUACUAUUGUUACGUAAAAAGAAAUUUCAAGAACAAGUUCUUUCAAAGACCGAUGGUCAACUACAAAAUUUGGAAACAAUGGUACACGAUAUAGAAUUUGCACAAAUAGAAAUAAAAGUAGUUGAUGGCCUAAAAGAAGGAAAUGUUGCAUUGAAGAAAUUACACGAUAUUCUUUCCAUUGAUGAAAUCGAAAAAGUUAUGGACGAAACAAGAGAAGGUGUGGAAAAACAAAGAGAAUUAAAUGAAUUGUUGUCUGGUGAACUUACGCAAGAAGAUGAGACAGAUAUAGAAGCAGAAUUAGAUGCUUUAUUGAGUGCAGAAAUAAAAGAAACUGCACCAGAAGUACCGGAUGAAAUAACACUGCCAGAUGUACCUACAGUAUUACCAGAAAUCAGAAAAGAACGCUCGAAGGAAAAAGUACAAGAGGCAGUUGCAUUAGAAGCAUGAGAGACCAGUGGGUAGCAGGAGUAAAACUUCGACUACCU